AUGGUGUAUUCGUAUUCGUAUUUGGUGCAACUUGCUUCAUUAUUAUUAUUUAUCGGAAAUGUUUCGGCAGAAAAUUGGAUUUCCGAUGGAGUUUGUUUGAUUCGCGGAGAAUGUCAUCAUUAUGAUGAGGACAAUGUAACACCGUGCGUGCUAAAUGAUACAGGUAAUUUUUAGAAACUCAUCGGUACCACGCGCUCUACCGAAAUAAACACGCAACGCAGACCGCGCCGCGCCAAAAUACACACAAAAAAGGGAGGGAACUUGAAUCAUUCACUUAUUUGUGUGUGUGUUGUGGCGCGACGCGGUCUGCGUUGCGUGUUUAUUUCGGUGGAGCGCUGAGAUUUUCCAUAAUAAGUACACUUCUAAAAAAUCGAUAAUUACAGAAAAUCGUGAGCCGCACGUUUUUGACAAGACAAAUUUUCCUGAAGAGAUGAAGGUGAUGCAGGAAAUGUGCCCGAAUCUCGUUAAAAAUGGUGAGCCAAUUUCACUACUCAGUCAAGAAUUGAGCACAAAACUCCACUUUUUCAGAUGGUACGGCGGCAGUUUGUUGUACGGUUGAGCAAUUUCAUCGAGUCAUAGCUCAACUUCGAAAAUCCUCCCCGCUUAUUGGAAAAUGUCCAAGUUGUUUCACAAACUUUGCAAAUAUUUGGUGUCAAUUCACAUGUUCACCAAAUCAAUCAAAAUUUCUGAAAAUUCUAGAAAUCGGACCGAAUAACUCGGUGUUCAAAGUGCAAUAUGAAUUAGAUGAGAAUUUUGCGAAUCGAAUGUUUGAUUCAUGCAAAGAUGUUAAACUUGGAACGGAUGCGAAAAAACCAGCGUUGAAAAUGAUGUCAAUAUCAUCAAAACAACCAAUAAGUUUGAGAAAUUGGCUGGAAUUUAUGGGAACUAUGAACUUAAUGUAUGUUAUUCCAAUGUACACCGACUUCAAAAUGGUAAAUCGAGAUUCAAAUUGGAAAAGUUGGAAAUGUGACGAACCGGUUUCGUCAGAUCAAAGUGUUUGUGGAAUAAAUGACUGCAAUGUCAAAAAAAUCAAAUUGAAUCUAACAAAUUAUCCAGAAGAGGCUAAUGAGAUUCUAACGAUUGCACGCAUUUAUACAAUUGUUAUGACCUGGCCGAAUGGUUUUAGGUUUUUGUUUCUUGUUGGAGUUAUCACUAUUAUUCGAUUACUUUUACCUCAAGUGAGUUGUUUUCCCACAAAAUUAUUUUUUAAAAAUCUUACUAUACGAUUUUAAUUUUGUCUAGACAAUAAGGGAAAAUAGUUAUUUGAAAAAUGUGGCAGCCGUAAAACAUGAAAAACAGUGCAGAGCUGAAUGAAUGACGAAGUCAUUACUUCGUCAGUCGCGUGCGGCUGUGCGUCGCGGCCGAAAAACAAAGGAAAAAAUAAAUAAUUGAUGGGGGUGAGGUAGCUCAGUGGUAGUGGUUGGCUGCUGGCGAUCUCAGGGUCACGGGUUCGAUCCCCGGUGCCCGCUCCUCCUCGAUCCACCCAGUCGUAAGUGGGUAGUAGUUCGCUACGCAAGGUAAAUCGGUCCCCUGUGGCAACAGGGUGACUUAAAUUCCCCAAUGGCCUAUAGACGUACACCACCCGUACUCCGUGUCCGAAUCGUCUGAUCCGCAGUGUCCUAAUAGGCGCUCGAAUACGGAUCUACCUUUACCUUUUUGUUUUUCGACCGCGACGCACAGCCGCACGCGACUGACGAAAUAAUGACUUUGUCAUUCAUUCAGCUCUGCACUGUUUUUCAUUUUUUACGGCUGCCACAUUUUUCAACUUUGACAAUCAUACAUCAGUUUCUCCCGGUCAGCGCCUCAAAAUUAGCCACCCCCGGAAUGUGAAAAUACAAAAAUUAGCCAGACCCCCUCAAAAAAAGAGAAAAAAACUUGGUUUUUGGGGUGUAAAUUGUUAUUUUUUCAAAAAGUUAGCCGGUCCCCACCCCUUUUUUCCAAAGUUAGCCAGACCCCCUCCGGACGAAAAUCCGGGGAUACUGAUGUAUGUUGACAAUAUAUAAUUUUUUUAUUUUUCCCAUCAAAUUAGGCAGGAAAUAAUAGGAUACUGUGACUUUUUUCGAAAAUUUAUCCUAAAUUUUCUAGGUAUUCGUAACAUUUCGUAAAUUCUGUCAUCGAAUGGUUGGAGAAUACACUGAAUUUGUGAUAAGUCACCCAUUUCUAUGUGUAAUUGUUGGAGUUUUGAUAGCACUCGUCUGCCUUUUUGGGAAUUGUGCAUUUUCGAAAACUCCAAUACACAACCGAUCAAUUAUCACCAAUGGAUUCGCAGGCGCGAGCAGAAAAAUCGAAAUUCGCCCGAAAUUUUCCGGAAAGUAUUCAUCGCUAUCAACAAAUCAUAUUCGAAUCCGAUAACGGACCGAUUAUUUAUAAUCGACCAUUUUGGUAUGAAUUGUUUGAUUUUAUCAAUGAGCUAAAACACAAGAAAUUCGAAAAUGUUAGUUUGGCUGAUAUUUGCUAUCGACCAUUGGGCGGAGAAUGCGCAAUUAUAUCACCGACGAAUUAUUUCAAAAAUAAUAAGGCGAAUUUCAUGAAUAUCUCGAUUGAUUAUAGUCUUCGAAAUCAAGACGACGAUGACUAUAGCGAUUUUCCGGACAAAGAAGAUUUAUAUAUUCUGCACUUGGAAACGUGCCUACCGGAACCGCUCUGGCUGCGAACACAGGCGAAUAUGUCGUGUUUUGGUGAUUUUGGUGGGCCGAUUCAGUCGCAUUUAGUGUUUGGAAAUACGGGAGAAGAGGAAAAGGUGGCGAAUUGGGUGAGUUUGGACCCUCCAAACUUUGGAAGGUUCGACAAAAAAAACGGUGUUUUCAGUACUAUCAAUCGAAAGCGAUGAUUGUGACGAUUCCAACAAUUGAUAAUCAAAAAUCAAAAAUCUGGGAGAAAGGUUUUAUCGAAUUGAUGAAAACGACGAACUUUAAUAAUGCCAGUUUUUCAUUUAUGGCAGAAUCUUCGAUUGAUGUAGGUUUUCAGAAAAGGGCUGAUUCGUGAACGAAACAAUUCACGAAAAGUCAAAAAAUGUCGAAAAAACAUUAGUUUUUCGAGUUUUUCAGCCGAAAAUGAUGACAAAUCAAUAUUUUUCAAGCUUCUGGAGUAAUUUCUGAUGAAAAUAAGCUAGGAGAACCCUAUUUUGCUUUAUAUUAUGAAUUUUUUCGAAAUUCAUCAAAAUUUUAUUUUAAUUAGCAAUAAUUUCUGGAAAGUGAAUUCCAAGGUCAAUUUUAAUCAGAAAUUACUCCAGAAGCUGAAAAAAUCUCGAUUUGUCAUCAUUUUUGGCUGAAAAACUCGAAAAACUAAUGUUUUUUCGACAUUUUUUGACUUUUCGUGAAUUGAUCUUUCGAUGUUAAAAAAACAUUUUUUUCUUUCGUGAAUCAGCCCUAAAAAAACUAUUUCAGAAUGAAAUUCUGGCGGAAGCUGGUCAAGAUAAAUGGGUGUCGAUUUUUGCGUGCUUCUCAGUUUUGAUCUACAUCAUCCUAACAUUGACAAGAUACCAUAAACCGGAAGAAUCGAUUUUAUCGAUUUUUUUGCACACCAAACUAUUUAUGGUGCUCUUGUCGGUGCUUUUGAAUGUGGUUAGCUCGUGGUGGUGAGUUUUCCCGAUAAAAAAGUUGUGGAUGGAAAUUUUGUAGCUCAAUCGGUGUUCAUUCGUAUUGGGGAUCGCAUGCGACAGACAAUGCGAUUGUUGUAUUGUUUUUCAUCAAUUUCUGCAUGGGAAUCAAUAGAUGUUGUAUUACAGUCAGGAAUUUUCAAGCGGAAUUGGGAUAUUAUGGGUUAGUAUAUGGUUUUAACAUGAAUUUCCCAGAUUAUCCUAAUUACUUUCAGAAACUCUGAAAUGAGCCAUGAUAAAAUUCGCGAAAAUAUCAUCAAAAGUCUCAACAAAACAGUUCCGAUGACAGUUUCAAGCUCAAUUAUUUGCUCAUUAUGCUUUUUCAUUUCUGGUGGUUUCCCAGUCAUCGGAGAGAAAAUGCCAAUCAUCGAAACAUUUGCGAGAUAUGCGAGUCUGGCGAUUUUUAUCGAUACCAUCUUCUAUCUACUCAUCCUAAUUCCAUAUUUUCAAUUCGAUGCGAUUCGCGAAAUUCGAGGAAAAUGUGAAAUUUAUCCGCCUUAUCGAAUUAGUCAAGAAGUCAUGGAUGAAUUGUAUGAGAAAGUGAAGAAAAAAUCGAAUAAGGAAUCGAUAACUAGAAGAAUAUCGGUGUUUUUGAUGAGAAAAUGGGUCAGAUAUUUGACUUUGGUGAUAUUUUUUAUAUUCUUUGUAUUGGCAAGUGUUACAAGUUCAAGAGCAACUUAUGGAUUCGAUCAAACUGUGGCAUUUUCGAAGAGCAGUUAUCUAUCCAAACAUUUCGAGAACCUCAAUCAAUAUUUGAAUAACGGACCGCCCGUAUUUUUUAUUGUUGAAGGGGAAGUUGAUUGGAAAGACUAUUCGAUUUACAAGAAGUUUUGCACAACAUCGGGAUGCAAUGAUGAUUCGGUUGGGAAUAUAUUAAGUGCGUUGACGAAUCCCGAAACGGAAAACACGCAAUCGUAUUUGGCGGGAGAUGUUUAUAAUUGGGUUGAUUCGUUUUUGCAAUACAUUGAUUCGAGAGGAAGAUGUUGUCGAAUGAACAGCAAUGGACAAUUUUGUGAGUUUUCAAAAAUAUGAAAGGUCCCCUAACUUUAACGUUUAGGUUCCCCGCUAUCGAAUUCAUUGGAUUGUAAACCAUGUGUCAACUCAAAUACAACUGAUAGUCAUGGAAAUCUACUGGAAGAACCCUUCAACAAGUUUUUCAACCGAUUCUUGGACACGAAACCGGGUGUUGAAUGUGCACAUGGGUAAGAAAUAUCGACUAAAUCGACAUUUUCAGGUUUUUUAAGGAAGUGAGUUGAAAUAUUGGGUUCUAAUGUUAUUCAUAUGAUAGAAUGGUCGAAGACAAACAGAAUCAUAUGAAUUUUGAUGAGUUUACGUUAUCCGUAAGUGAUUUAGCGACGUUUAAUAGAUAUUUAGUCGAUAAGCCGCUAAAUCACUUAUGGAUAACAUAAAGUCAUCAAAAUUUAUAUCAUUCUGUUCGUUUUAGACCAUUCUAUCAUAUGAAUAACAUUAAAACCCAAACUCACUUGCUUGAAAACCAUGAAAAUGUCAUUUAGGCGAUGUGAAAAAUCGAAAUUUUUGCAGUGGUUAUGCGACUGCGCGAGUUGCCAUCAAGAGGGAUAGUGAGAAUCGUAUAACAUCAACACACUUCAUGACAUUUUUCAAGAAGCUGAACUUGACUGAUUCUGGAGAAAUGUAUAGUAAGUUCUAAUUAACCAGCAGAUUAAUUAAUUAACUUGUAAUAUUUUUAGAUGCCAUGCAAUACGCUCAAGAUAUCGCUCGACAACUUCAAAUCGUGAUCAACAUUGGAAGUGUCAAAGUUCGAGCAUAUUCCUCAUUUUUCAUUCAUUAUGAUCAAUACUCAACGAUUAGUGCGAAUUUGAUCACAUUAGCUGUUUUUGUAUUUAUGAUGGUUCUUGGAGCAACUGUUUGGCUCGUUGGAUUUAUUGGAGCUCUUUCCACAACUAUUACACUUAUUUCAUCGUUUUUGUAUAUGAUUUCGUUGAUGUAUUAUUUGGGAAUUGAGAUCAAUAUGAUAUCAGCGACUAAUUUGACAAUGGUGAGUGAUUAAAUCGUAGGACUUCGAAUAACUAGGGCAAAAAUCAGAAACUCAAUUGAUUGUCUACUUUCAGAGCCUCGGAAUAACGACGGAAUUUGUGAUUCAAGUUCUCUAUGCGUUUUAUAAAUCGGAAAAGGAAUCGAAAUAUGAAAGAUCUUUGGAUACAAUUGCGACUAGUGGAGCAACGGUGAGCUUACACUGGUGGUGGGAGGUUGACCAAUUUUUGACCAAAAAUGCACCAAUUCGUUUUUUGGUCAAAAAUUGACCAAAUAUUGGUCAAUCGGUGAUUUUGGUCAAUUUUUGGCCAAUUUCUGACCAAUUUUUUGACCAAAUUUUGGUCAAUUUUUGGCCAAAACAGUAAAUUGAUCGAAAAUUGGUCAAAAAAUGGCCGAAUUUUGACUAAAUUUUUUUUGGUCAAAAAUGCACCAAUUUUUGGUCAGGCUCCCAGCACCUGUGUAGCUAACAUUAUAUAUCGACCGGCCGAUUUCAAAUCAAGAAAUCUUAAAAUUUCAGAUAUUAUUGGGAAUCAUGCCAUCCCUUAUUCUAACUGCAAUCUGCCUUUGCUUCGCGGUCUCGCCGAUUUUGAAAAUCUAUUUCGGAUAUAUUUUCUUUGGAAUCGCGACGAUUAGCACAAUUCACGCGGUCUUGUUUUUACCAGCGAUUUUGGUGACUUUUGGCGAGGAGGGAUGUUUUGAAAAUAUGGAAUUGUCUAAUGAAACUGAGGAGGGAUCAUCGGAAGAGAUGCAAAAAUUGUCAACAACUAGGAAAAAUGAGGAAGAAGAGAUUGAAAUGCGAACUGUAUCGAGAGUUUAA